AUGUCAAGCAUUGUGAGUGACGAUGUUGGGUCAGACAUCAGCGUACAGUAUUGCUGUCAGAAGUGCAAGAGACCCUUGGAUCUGGCCUCGGAUUUCGGAAAUUUUCGCACCUCCGAUCUUUCUAGUGCCGUUGGCUACGAAUACAAUUCGGGCUCUUCAUCUCCGACCUACUCUCCCACCUCUAGUUUGGAUCACCGACUCCAGGUAAAUGCUUACCUUUCCGACAUCAUCAACGGUCGAGCUGAAACCGAUCAUCCAAUGUGUCAGGAGUGUGCUGACACUCUAAUUAGCACUCAGCAACAACUGCUUGAUUUUCAGAAGGAGGAGAUUGUCUGUCUCGAGUCCUUACUCGAGCAGUUGAAAGCAAACACAACUGAGAGAAGUGGUGUAAGCACGAAUGUCACACAUACUGCUGAGCAAAUGUUUUCAAUCUCUCAACGAUCGAGGCAAACCUCCUCGUUGUCGGCAACAAAUUCCCCUAACGAGGAUUCACCAAAUCCAUUGGAGACCUCUUCGUUUGAGGUCGAUGAAGAUGGGUCAUUCCGAGAGCCGCUAUAUGCCACGGGAGAUAGCCCAGCGGAGGCUGAAGAAGGGAAUGUAACUACCAAGGCAGAGUUGCACUGCACUCAGGAGGAACUGGUUUCUCUUCGCCAAGAAUUCGUCCGCCUUCAACACCAAUCUCGACUGCUGGAUAAACAAAUUGCCACGAAUGAGGCUGCACUGCUCGUUCGCCAAGCUGAGCUUGAUCGAAUAACCAAUGAAUACAACGAGCAACGCCUAACACUGAUGCAGGCGGAGGAGUCACUGGGUGUCCUUGACGCCCGUCUCAAUGAUGCUCGAUAUCAGUACGAGCGGCUUCGGCGCACCAACGUCCUCAACGCCGCUUUCCCUAUCUGGUACGACGGACACAUUGGCGUCAUAAAUGGCCUUCAUUUGGGUCGGUUAGCGUCGAAACCGAUAACGUGGCCGGAAAUAAACGGAGCCCUGGGACAGUGCGCCAUGCUGGUAACCUGCCUUGCCAAGAAGCUCUCCUAUACCUUUAAAAACUAUGUGAUAAUUCCGAUGGGCAGUCAGUCCAAGAUUGCUGCCUUGCCGAAUGGGACUCCACUACCUCUCUACAAUUCUCCGGGCAGUAUGCGAUUAUUCAGCAGCGCAAGCUUUGACAACGCACUGGUGAUGCUUCUCGACUGCGUUGGUCAGCUUCAGGCACGAGUUGAACGUCCGCCAUUUUUCCAUCUGCCUUUUAAAAUCCUCGAUGGUGGCCGCAUUGAGGACAGAAACGGAUCUGUCUUUUCCAUCAAGUGUUCCACCACUACUGAUGAGAACUGGACUAAGGCGUUGAAAAUGCUUCUGAUGGAUCUCAAGUACCUAAUCGCCGCCACAGUCGGUAGACCUGACCGCUCCACCUCCAAAGCGCAGGCAGGCCACUGA